CUCAUGAUCUCAGCUGAUUGUCAACAUAAAUCAGCACUUAUGUGUAUGUAAACAAAUUGCUUUAUGACGAUAAUAAUUGUAAGUUUUGAAUUAGUUAACGCCGCUUCAGACAAAUAGACACGUCAACUAAUCAUUUCUCAUUAAAUUAUUGAAAUUUUGUCAUUUUUCAACGUUUUAAACAUAAUUUUACAGACCUUUUCUUGAGGUUAUGCUUUAUGCAAGUGUAUCAAACAGUAUUGUGAAACGUUUAUUUUAGUGAUCUUAUAAAAUUUAGUCAUGCCUUUACAACAGAGAGAAUUUAUACAGUUGAGUUUGUUACUUUUAUGUGUUCCUCUACAGUUGUAUUUGAGUAGUUUUACUAAAUCCAUAGGUGAAGAGGAUAGGUCUAGAACAAUCAUGAAAACAUUCACAGAGAUUGAAAAUUUCAUGGGUAAAUACUUCAGUUUGGGUUACUGGACUGAAAAAUCUAUAUCACUGGCUUCCCUGAUUUUUGCUGAUGUUAUUGGUGUGAAUUAUGUAAGUAAAACUGAAAGGCAGCGGUACAGAUAAUGAUGAGCCUGAGCCCCGUAGUAUGGAAGAGAAAAAAGAGGAGUUAGCUAUGAAGUUGUAUGCACUUGAGACGGUUCAUUCCACAGUUCACGACGAGAGACCUGAUGACUUGAAAUAUAGAGUUGGCCAAGUAAUUGAACACGGUCCAUUUACUAUCAGAGGUGUUAUCGUUGGCUGGGAGUAUCAUGAUAAGGACAGUAAAUACAAAGGGCCGGUGUACACAGUUCUCUUGAAUGAACUUCCAACGCAAGAUGGUCAAACUAAUUUCAUAGAAGUCCCUCAGAGGGACAUCAUGUUGAAGAAGAUGAAGGAGGCGAAGCACCGUCAUUUGAAGAGAUAUUUCAAAGCAUUUGACGGGACCCAGUAUUUGCCACACGAUUGGUUGAGGAGGCUGUAUCCUCAUGACUAAAAAUAUCAUUUCAAAACUUAAGUUUUAAAAAACUGUGCUCAUAGAUCACAGUGAAUGUAAAAUAUAAAAGUCAUUCCCAAUGUUUUAAUAAUUAUCAGUGGUGUGUGUUUCCACAAUAAUAAUUUCAAAACUUCAAGUUGUGAAAACUGUGCUCAUAGAUCACAGUGAAUGUAAGAUAUAAAAGUCAUUCCCAAUGUUUUAAUAAUUAUCAGUGGUGUGUGUUUCCACAAUAAUAAUUUCAAAACUUCAAGUUGUGAAAACUGUGCUCAUAGAUCAUAGUGAAUGUAAGAUAUUGCUAAUGAAGUCAUUGCUAAUGGUUUAAUAAUUAUCAGUGGUGUGUGUUUCCACAAUAAUAAUUUCAAAACUUCAAGUUGUGAAAACUGUGCUCAUAGUUCACAGUGAAUGUAAAAUAUAAAAGUCAUUCCCAAUGUUUUAAUAAUUAUCAGUGGUGUGUGUUUCCACAAUAAUAAUUUUAAAACUUCAGUUGUGAAACUGUGCUCAUAGAUCACAGUGAAUGAAAAAUAUAAAAGUCAUUCCCAAUGUUUUUAUAAUUAUCAGUGGUGUGUGUUUCCACAAUAAUAAUUUCAAAACUUCAAGUUGUGAAAACUGUGCUCAUAGAUCACAGUGAAUGUAAAAUAUAAAAGUCAUUCCCAAUGUUUUAAUAAUUAUCAGUGGUGUGCUCCCCGUCAAACCUUAUUUUAUAACUAUCCUUGCUGUGAUAAUAAAUGUAUUCAUUAUUA